AUGAAAAUAUCAACUACAGAAUCAGAGCACAGUAGCAUAGAAAGUGACAGUGAUAAUAAUGCGGAUAUUUCUUCCUCAUUGAUCAAAGGUGGCGAAGAAGCAUCUGAAGAAGAAGCAACUUUCAUUUCUAAACAACUUCAAGCCAAAAAUCGGAAAAAGAAGAAAUCCGGCGGGUUUCAAUCAAUGGGUCUAAGUUUACCAAUAUAUAAAGCAAUACUGUAUAAGGGUUUUAAAGUGCCAACUCCUAUACAGCGCAAGACAAUUCCACUUAUUAUGGACAGGAAUGACGUUGUGGCCAUGGCACGAACAGGAUCCGGUAAAACAGCAGCAUUCUUGAUACCAAUGUUGGAAAAGCUAAAAUGCCAUUCCGCUAUGGUUGGUGCACGUGCAGUUAUAUUAUCACCAUCACGUGAGUUAGCACUUCAGACACAAAAAGUGUGUAAAGAACUUGCAAAACAUACCGACCUCAGAACCUGCAUAUUAGUUGGUGGUGAUAGUUUAGAAGAUCAAUUCGCGAUGAUUGCAGGCAAUCCUGAUAUUGUUAUAGCGACGCCAGGACGUCUACUCCAUUUGAUAGUUGAAAUGGAUAUGGAACUCAAAAGUGUCGAAUAUAUCGUUUUUGAUGAAGCCGAUAGAUUAUUCGAAUUAGGAUUCUCGGUUCAAUUACAUGAAAUUUUGCAUAGAUUGCCUCAAUCGAGACAGACAAUGCUUUUUUCUGCGACUUUACCUCAAUCACUCGUAGAUUUUGCAAAAGCCGGUUUACAUGAACCGAUUUUAGUGAGGUUAGACAUUGAUACCAAAAUUAGCACUGAUUUGGAGAUGGCUUUCUUUUCAAUAAAACAUUCAGAAAAAGAAGCCGCUCUUUUAUAUAUUAUAAAGGAAAUCAUCAAAGUUCCAAUCAAUUUAAACCCCAUAAACAAUGAUAAGUUAAAAUCUUCAAGCAAGAAAUCGAUUGAGAAGAACGCUUCUCAUUCCUCACUUUCUCAUCAAACUAUAAUAUUUGUAUCAACCAAACAUCAUGUUGAAUAUAUUACAAAUCUAUUGAACCUCGCAGGAUAUCAACCUUCUUAUAUUUAUAGUUCACUUGAUCAAACGGCCCGAAAAAUUCAAAUAAAUAAUUUUCGAAAUGGUCAAACCAAUUUGUUAGUUGUCACCGAUGUGGCUGCUCGUGGAAUAGAUAUUCCAAUUUUGGAGAAUGUAAUUAAUUACGAUUUUGUUGAUACUAGCAAAGUUUUUAUUCAUCGAGUUGGUCGAACGGCGAGAGCUGGUAAAAGAGGUUGGGCGUACUCAUUAAUAACUCCCGAUGAGCUGUUUCUCGGUCGUCGUUUGUUGAUAGGUUCAUCGGCAAAUUCAAAUCCGGAAUACACAUCUGAUAUUAUUAUGGGUGGUUUCCCUAUCGAUUCUUUGGGCGUAAAUUUGGAAUGGAUUAAAAGUAUACUUAAAGAAGUUAGCAAUAUUGAAGCGCUUAAUAAUGUUGCAAAUAACGGAUAUAAGCAAUAUUGCAAAUCCAGACCAUUGGCAUCAUCGGAAAGCUAUAAAAGAGCCAAGGAAAUUAUGGCAACGGAGAAAUAUAAUGAUGUACAUUUCCUUUUUGCUGAUAAGGUUGAUGAAAAAGAAAAGGAGCGACGAAACUUAAUUAGUUCGAUUUCUAGUUUCAGACCGCAUGAAACCAUAUUUGAAAUCGGAAGCCGAGGUAGUAAGAAAACUUCCGCAGCGCAAAUUAUGAAACAACGCCGAGGGAAUGUUUCAAAGAAAAUUGAAGCACACAAGUCUAGUAUUUUGAAUAAUAAUUUAAGUACAUAUCAAUCAGAACCUAUAAAUUCCAAUCUAGAUGGGGAAAAAGUUGAGAAUUCUGUGAUCAAAGUCUUAAAGAAGAGGAAGGCAGAUGAUAGUAAUAUUGAAAUCUCAAAAAAACAGAAAAGAUUAAAAGAUCAUUUUCGUGAUGAGGAAUUUUAUAUUCCUCAUGUUCAAAAAGAUGCAAAUACUGAAAAAGGAUAUUCUGUAAACCAAGGCAUGUCCUUUGCUGAAGAAUCCAAAAAUGCCAUAAUUGAGACUCAAACCGAUGAACACGUCCCACAAUUUGGUAAAAAUAAAAUGCUGAGAUGGGAUAGCAAAAAGAAAAAUUUUGUGAAAGGAACUGGUAUAGGAUCAGAUAAUAAAAAAUUAAUAACUACUGAAAGUGGGAUUAAGAUCCCUGCUACUUAUAAAAGUGGAAGGUUUAAAGAGUGGCAACAACACAAUAAACUUCAAAUUCCCCGUAUGGGAGAAAAAGAACUUCCUAAUACAAAUCUCAAUAUGAAACGAUAUCGGCAUAAUAAGUUCACAACGCCUAAACCUUUGGAUCCUUUAUCCAAAAGUUAUGAAAAGAAACUCAAGAAAGUUUCCAAAUCAGAUAGUACAAAUGAUCAGAAAGACAUCUCUAAUAUAUCAUCGAAGAAGCGAAAUACAGGUGGACACAAUAAUAAGAGAAUCAAUAAUGAAUUAAAGACAGCAGAACAAAUUCACAAACUGAGAAAAUUAAAAGAAAAACGGAAGGCUAAAAAUGCUAGACCUAAAAGUGCUAGACCUAAUCGUAAGGGAAAAUCAACCAAAUAA